GUCUUGAAGGCUGCAUUAUAUCACAGAACAAUGGGACAGAUAUUAAAACGGAUGUAUAAAAUUCUCUAACGAAAAUAUGCAAAUAUAUGCUACCUCCUUGCUCCUUGUUCUUCCCACCAUGAUUCAUUUUCUCCCAUUGGAAACGACAGGCUCUGGUCUAUAUUGGGUUAGUGAUACGUUCCUACAUUCAUUGCCCAACAUGAUUCCUAUCUCCUCCUUUCUCUAACAUCUCUGGGGUGGAUCGCUGUGCCGGUAUAAAUAAAACGGAUAGACAGGUCUGCUUGCAAAAGAGGGUCCUUCCCGACUCAACUCUGGGUGGGGUGACGGUUCUAUUAAUUUAUAUUCUGUAUCAAAAGAAGCACAACAAGGUCUGUGAGGAUGAUGUGAUGGGACAACACCAACCAGGGCAGGUGAAAACCGUAAAUGUACGGGCUGAUUCAACUACAGCUAAUUUAUAAACAUAUAAAAAGGAAGAUAAUGUUUAGAUAUAUUAGUGGUUUGCCGAAGGCUACUUGUAUGUAUUUGUUUUAACCAGCUAAUCUAACGUAAUGGCGACCGAGUGCACCCAAGAAGCGGUCGUACAAUUUCUGACCGAGCGAGGAGGGAGAGUGAAAAAACAGGAAUUCAUUGACUAUUUCAAAGCUGUUUUCCCGGAAGACCCUGACCAGAAAGCAAUUGUUCGGGAGAAAUUCAAGGGAUACGUGGACAACGUCGCAUUUGUAAAGUUGGAGAAUGGAGUGAAAUGUGUUUGUUUAAAAAACAAGUAUCGAGUGGAAAAAUACAGCGCGUGCAAUGGCAACGAAACAGGCACCUUUUUGGAACAAGAUAGCAGCACCCCUGUCCUAUCAAAAUCAUAUAAGAACUUGAUAGAAGAUUGUGCACCACAACUGCAUCUGUCAGCAUCUUCUGCUGGGGGUGUGCGCUCUUGUGAAACCACUGCAAACGAGGAGGCACAACAAGACAUUUCACCUGGCUCGGGUUACGGAACUGACAAUGCCGCAGGAGUGAGACUGCCUGACAUUUUAGGAAUUAUAUUGGAAGGUAACAUUUUAGAAAGAGCUGCGUCAACAAGGUCUGUAGUUCAGGACAAUAGUUUACCAGACAUUAUGGGAAAUGCGUUAGGCCUUGGUGGCAAUGGAGAGCAGAAAUUGACCAAGGAGGACCUUCAGACAUUGCAACCGCACGACAUAUCGCAAAUUGCAGUGAUUGAGACGUCACCUUUACCUACAGCCGCGGAUGGCUCUAUGUUCCACUUACCCGGACGUCAAUUCCCAACUAAUGCACAGGACAGCCUGCAGUCCAGUCACCCUUCAUCAGAGGACGGGGCAGACGAAGGCCAUAAUUAUGAUUCUCUACUAAGCAAAUCGGGGAGUGACCGCAACACACCUAAAAGUAGCCAAAACAACUUUAUUGAGCUCAUGAUGAACAGCUCCCCCCAGGUGCGACGCAGCAUGGUGUUGAGGAACUCCGUCUACCUGUCUACAAAGUACAGGGACUGUGCCCGGAGCGACAGUGACUCUGUGGUUUCUUCUACUACAGACGAAGACAGAGCUUCAGUCACUCUGGACCCGUUGGAACACGAAUGGAUGAUGUGUGCAUCCGACGGCCAAUGGGAGAGUCUCCACCGCCUCCUUUCCUGUGAACCGAACCUUGCCAUGAAGAAAGAUUUUGUGACUGGGUUCACCUGCCUGCACUGGGCCGCCAAGCAAGGCAAACAAGAACUGCUGGCACUUAUCGUGAACUUUGCCAAAAAACACACAGUACCCAUCAACAUCAAUGCCCGGUCAAGUGCAGGCUACACACCACUACAUCUAGCAGCAAUGCACAACCAUGUUGAAGUGGUGAAGUUACUGGUAGGAGCCUAUGACGCAGACGUAGAGGCCAGAGAUUACAAUGGGAAAAGGGCGUGUCAGUAUCUUACGAACAGUGUGGCCGUUGAUAUCCGUGACAUCAUCGGGGCGGGUAGUGGCGCCGACUCGGACUCAGAGAACACAGACGAUGGGGGGCAUUGGCGGUUGUCUAAAGUUCUCCAGUCUAAUCUGAUGCCCCUCAAACUGCACAAUCACAGUGAGGAGGACACAGGUGAUGGAGCAGGGCAGGCCAGACAGAAACCCUUGCGAAGGAAAUCAUCCCUUAGCAAGAUGAGGCCCAAACUUCAGAAGAUCCGCUUCAGAUCUUCGCAGAUAGUUCACAGCACUUCGUUCCCAGCACACUGUGAGACAGAGGAGCUUAACGGGUCCAGGAAAAGCUCAUUUAAAUCCAGACCCAUGUCAAAUCUGUUUGGCUGAAGAAUAGCCUCUAAGUACACUCGACAAAGAGCAAAUCAACUACUACAGUGCAGAAUGACUGACACAAUGCAGUAUAGUCUGAUGUUACAAGUGUUUUUUUUUUGUGGCAUAGGCCAAGUCUGGUGUUACACAUACUUAAGGGUUUUUACCCCAGGCAUUAUAUGAAUAUGCUGAACUAACAGAGUACGGUAUUACAUGAUCUAUUGAGUAACUGGCCAGAUUGCUACCCCUGGUUAGGCUAAAUAUUUCUGUCUUAAUCCUCUUAUCAUGCCGAAGUAGCCACGGAGGUUUUACAGUUCGUCUGCUUUAACCCUUAACGUACAUGUAAAGCUGCCUGCAACCAACUGGGCAAAGAUGUCAGUUCAACGUCUAGUUUUGAUUUACAUUUCGUUGAGUUUUUAACUAAUGUGAAUUCAAUGUGAAAUCGACAAAAAAUGUCACCAUGUCAUUGGAUUUGGGUUAGAAUUUGGGUGAUUUUAAAAAUAUAUAUUUUUUUAAAUAUGAAAUUAUCUUCCAUUGAAGAUCAGAACCAAGGAGAUCAGAACCAAAAAUACUUUUUUUCAUAUCCAAUCAGUUUCCCACGUUGAUUUGACGUCUUCAUAUGAAAUUUUUUGGAGUUGAAAUGGCAUGGAAACAAGGUUGACUCGACCUGUUUUUGCCAAGUGGGAAGUGUUUAAACUUCCAAGUUAUUUGACCACAUGGUAGAAACGAUGUAAUUGAUUUCACAAUGCUUGGGAGCAAUUCUAUCUUAUUACUGUCAGACUGUUAGUGAUGCUAUGAAUUUAUUCUCCCUAUUUAAGUUGCUUUAAGCACUUUGAUUUGAAACCGUUAUUGAUCCAGCUUUCCUGCGGUGGAUGCCAUUCAGUCCAGCUGAAAGACUUGACAUGGGAAUUUACUUCCUCUGUUUUCAAGUGGAGGAUUGGAAGGCCAAUGAAAAGGCCUCUGGUCCUUUAAGUCUGUAAUCGGGAUCAGUAAGAGGAGCCUUCUGUGUCACAAGGUUUUUUGUUGAGCGUAUGGUAGGCCUGCUGUGUGUAGUGCUAUGAUGAAAGAUCAGGUUUCAUAACUAUUCACAGUCCACCUUGAAUUAUGCUAUGCAGUUAUACUCACUUUAUGACCCUCUGAUCAUAGCUCCUUAUUUUGAGUUGUCUACGGUUGCAGUUGUCUGGUGUUAAGUUGUAGGCUACCCUCUGAUCUGUUAUGCACCAGUGGUUUUCUAUCAACAAGCUCCAGCUUCCUGACCCAGGAGAGCCUCUACACACAAUAAUAAGAAUGUGAAAACAUGUUUUUAGAAAUGUUUGCAAAUAUAUUGAACAUUUAAAUGCAUAAAUAUCUCAAUGACAAAAGUAUUCACAUCCCUGGGUCAAUACUUUGUAGAAGCACAUUUGGAUGCGUUUACAGCUGUGAGUCUUUCUGGAUACAUCUCUAAAGAGCUUUCCACACCUGGAUUGUGCAACAUUUGCCCAUUUAUUCUUUUCUAAAUUAUUCAAGCUCUGUUCAAAUUGGUUGUUGAUCAUUGCUAGGACAACCAUUUUCAGGUCUUGCCAUAGUUUUUCAAGUAGAUUUAAGUCAAAACUGUAACUCGGCCACUCUGGAACAUUCACUGUCAUCUUGGUAAGCAACUCCAGGUUAGAUUUGGCCUUGUGCUCAAGUUUUUUUUUAAAACCUUUAUUUAACUAGGCAAGUCAGUUAAGAACAAAUUCUUAUUUUCAAUGACGGCCUAGGAACAGUGGGUUAACUGCCUGUUCAGGGGCAGAAUGACAGAUUUGAACCUUGUCAGCUCGGGGAUUUGAACUUGCAACCUUUCCGUGAAGGGCUAUAAGGGAACCUAUUGGUAGAUGCGUAAAAAUAAAACAGCAGACCUUGAAUAUCCCUUUGAGUAUGGUGAAGUUAUUAAUUACACUUUGGAUGGGGUAUCAAUACACCCAGUCGCUACAAAAAUACAGGCGCCCUUCCUUACUCAGUUGCCGGAGAGGAAGGAAACCGCUCAGGGAUUACGCCAUGAGGCCAAUGGUGAAUUUAAAAUGGUAAAAGAGUUGGUAGGAGAAAACUGAGCACGGAUCAACAACAUUGUAGUUACUCCACAAUACUAACCUAAUUGAUAGUCUGAAAAGGAAGCCUGUACAGAAUAAAAAUUAUUCCAAAACAUGCAUCCUGUUUAUAACAAGGUACUAAAGUAAUACUGCAAAGAAAAUGGCUAAGCAAUUAACAUUUUGUCCUGAAUACAAAGUGUUAUUGGAUUUGCCUGAAACAUUACUGAGUACCACUCUCCAUAUUUUCAAGCAUAGCAUAUCAGUGCUAGAGGCGUCACUACAGACCCUGGUUCGUUUCCAGGCUGUUUCACAACCGGCCGUGAUUAGAAGUCCCAUAGGGCGGCGCACAAUUGGCCCAGCGUCGUCCGGGUAAGGGUUUGGCCUUCAUUGUAAAUAAGAAUUUGUCCUUAACUGACUUACCUAGUUAAAUAAAGGUAAAAUAAAAUAAAUAGCCGUGGGAAGUAAAGGUGCUGCAGCACCCCCUGAAAAAAACAGAAUAAAAUGUUUAAAUAAUAAUAAAAAAAUGGAAGAAAAAUGUAUUCUUCACAGAAGUGCACUGGGUCUUUAAUAGUCCUAUAUUUUCAGACUGAUAUAGCCUUCUCCAGUGCAGGCAACAAUAUUUGUUUUUGUGCAAUGUUGCACUGAAUUGUAAACACUUUAUUUUUACUCUGCACUUUUGUUUUUUGCUAAUAUAACUGGAGUGUAUAUAUUUAGCAAAUCGUUGUCUCACAUGUACUAGUCUAAUUGUUUGUCUAGAUUAGAUUUAAGGCAUAGUACUUAUGGCAUUGACAUUGGGGAAUAUGUUUUCUCAGUCAAUGGUUUUUAUCACUGAAUAGCCUACAAUAAUGCUACAUAGUUUACAUCUGAUUUUGCUACUUGAUUUUAUUGUACAGUUUUGUAGUCUUGCCAAAUUAGCUCUUAGCUUUUUUAUUCUGCAAUUUCUUUAUGUUUUUAAAUCAACCACCUGCUGCUAAUUAUGAUAUUCAAUGGGCUGGAACCGAAUUUCUCUUGUCUGUCUGUACAUUACAUUAUAUUAUUUUAUAGCCCUCUUUUCGAUUAUCUAACAAAAGAAUGUUAACCUAUAAAACGAUUGUGAGGUGUCAGAUUUUGUAUCUAUGUUCAAUAUUCUGUCUUCAAUAAUGUAUGCAAAGCUAAAGAUUGUGUAGUUUGCAUUUUUAUCAUUUGGAAACCGGAAAAUAGCUGUGCAGCAACACUCCACAUCCAACCUGACAGAGCUUGACAGGAUUUUCAGAGAAUAAUGGGAGAAACUCCCCAAAUACAGGUGUGGCAAGCUUGUGGCGUCAUACCCAAGAAGACUCGAGGCUGACAAAGGUGCUUCAACAAAGUACUGAGUAAUAGCAUAAAUGUGCUAUUUCAGUUUUUUAUUUGUAAUAGUUUUGCAAACAUUUCUAAAAACCUGUUUUUUGCUUUGUCAUUAUGGGGAAUUGUGUGUAGUUUGAUGAGGGGAAAACAAUUGAAUUCAUUUUAGAAUAAGUCUAAUGAACAAAAUGUGGAAAAAGUCAAGGUGUCUGAAUGCACUUUUUUAUCUAUAUAUACUACCGUUCUAAAGUUUGGGGUCACUUAGAAAUGUCAGUUUUUGAAAGAAAAGCACUUUUUUUGUCCAUUAAAAUACAGUGUAGACAUUGUUAAUGUUGUAAAUGACUAUUGUAGCUGGAAAGGGCAGAUUUUUUUUUUAAUGGAACAUCUACAUAGGUGCACAGAGGCCCAUUAUCAGCAACCAUCACUCAUGUGUUCCAAUGGCAUGUUGUGUAAGCUAAUCCAAGUUUAUAAUUUUAAAAGGCUAAUUGAUCAUUAGAAAACCCUUUUUCAAUUAUGUUGGCCUGUAUUGGAAACUGUUGUUCUGAUUAAAGAAGCAAUAAAACUGUCC